ACAGCCGACAGUGUGAUCUCUGUAUCUCACACACGGGACAGAGAGCAUCUGUCUAUCAGCUGUCGUCUGCGGGGGAACGACACUGUUUCUCAGAUCAACUGGGAGAUGAUCAGCAGUCCCAACCACACCACUACCAAACUGAAACUGGGCACCUUCCAUCCCAUGUUCGGUACAUAUAUAAUAACAAUAAUGUCAUUUAUAUUAGCAUUAACUUAAAAUAUAUAUGUAUAUCUUAACCUACAUUUACAUUUAAGCCAUUUAGCAGACGCUCUUAUCCAGAGCGACAUACAGUUAGUGAGUGCAUACAUUUUUCAUACUGGCCCCCCGUGGGAAACAAACCCACAACCCUGGUGUUGCAAGCGCCAUGCUCUACCAACUGAGCUACAGGGGUAGCAUAUUGGAUGACUGUAAUUCAUAUUCCAUUCACCGAGCUCAAUGUAACAUCGAUAGGGUUAGGAUACUACAUGAUACUCGAAUUUCUCUAUACCCAUCAUGAAGUUGCUACAACCUAGCCUAUGAAUGAAUGUUUACAACGUAGGUGCACAGGUCAAGAGAAAGAUUUGAGUAAGCAAAGGGUGACAGACAGUGAAACAUUCAAUACUGCCUUGCACACUCUUGCCUGCAUCUAGCUGAUCUAGGGUGUAAUCAUUAGUCCAACAGUUGCAAACAAUAGUUUCUAUUGGACAAAUUCAGGUAUGUUAUCCCCGUUUUGGUUUUGUUUGCUUCCGUUUAAGAAAUGUUUUUCAACAGAAUCGGCGGAAUGAAUACACCCCUGAUCACACGUAAACACAGUUCACUUUCAUAGCAUCCACAUGAUCACUUGCUCUCACCUUUUUCCUUCGCUUGUAGACUUCAGUGCACAACACAUCAGCUGUCAGUGAGCAGCCGAAAAAACCUUUCCAAGCCAAACCUUCAUACCAUAACCGCUAACCGUUACACACAGCCUACAUCGUUGUCACCAUAUUAGCUAACGUCAUACUAGUCAACAUAGCUACUAGAACUAACUAAUUAGUAAACACGCUACAAUCAUGCAGUGCAGUGUACAGUCAGCAAGCAGUUUAGCAGUUACACCAGCAGGCCCCAGUGGCAAUAAAUAAUCAUUUUUAAAAAAGCUUACCUUGACUUGGAAGAGUUCCAGUGUUGGCUAGCCAUACCCAACUCGCUAUCAUAGCAUCCCUCUCUGUUUGAGAUGUGUGUUUGAGUAGGCUAAACUAGCUAGCUGCAUUCGCUAACUAAGUGAAAGUGACAAAAAAAAAAUACAAGGAAAUAUAGCUAGCUAGCUCUCUCUCUCAUUUGCUUCUCCUUCAUUUCUAAAAAAAAUUGACUUGUUCAAAACUGUUCAACUACUGUCUUUCUCUCUCUCUUUGAGUCAACUACUCACCACAUUGUGUUUACUGCAGUGUUAGCUAGCUGUAGCUUAUGCUUUCAGUACUAGAUUCAUUCUCUGAUCCUUUGAUUGGAUGGACAACAUGUCAGUUCAUGCUGCAAGAGCUCUGAUAGGUUGGAGGAUGUCCUCCGGAUGUUGUCAUAAUUACUGUGUAAGUCUAUGGAAGGGGGUGACAUGUUGAAAUCGAUGUACCCAGGUGAGGACGGAAGCUAGCUGUCCUCCGGCUACACUAUGGUGCUACCCUACAGAGUGCUGUUGAAGCUACCAUAGACCUUUAUUGCAAAACAGUGUGUUUUAAUCAAUUAUUUGGUGACGUGAAUAUAUUUAGUAUAGUCUUAUCUAAAAAGGGUAACUUUUUAAAUGUUUAACUAUUUUUAUUUUUAUGAAAUGCACUGAGGAGGAUGGUCCUCCCUUUCCUCCUCUGAGGAGGCUCCACUAGCCAACCUUCACCUACUGGUGAAAGUACAGCUGCAGACCUUACUGAUCAACUGAACCUAUUUUGUGUCUGUCUGUCUGUCUUUCUCUCUGUCUCUCUCUCUCUCUGUCUCUCUCUCUCUCUCUCUCUCUCUCUCUCUCUCUCUCUCUCUCUCUCUCUCUCUCUCUCUCCUCUCUCUCUCUCUUCUUUGUCUUCGUCUGUCUGUCUGUCUGUCUGUCUGUCUGUUGUCUGUCUGUCUCUCGCUGUCUUUCUCUCACCCUAUCAAUAUCAUUCUUCUGUCUGUAUCUCUAUUCCGACCUAUCUCUCUCUACAGUCUACAUUUUACUCUCUCUCUCUCCAUCAUCUGUAUCACUGCUCUCUCUUCCUAUCUGUCUUUUUCUUUUGUCUCUCUCUCACAGUCACAUACAGGAUGGAAAGACAGGCCUCACUCGCUCUGUCAGUAAAGUUUCCAGUAGCACUGACUAUAACACCAAAGGUUAUUCAGCUCUCUGACUAUAACACCAAAGGUUAUCAGCUCUCUGACUCUAACACCAAAGGUUAUCAACUCACUGACUAUAACUCAAAAUUGUCAAAGACUCCAGCCACCCUAGUCAUAGACUGUUCUCUCUGCUACCACACGGCAAGCGGUACCGGAGUGCCAAGUCUAGGUCCAAAAGACUUCUCAACAGCUUCUACCCCCAAGCCAUAAGACUCCUGAACAGCUAAUCAUGGCUACCCGGACUAUUUGCACUGCAAACUAUUUGCACCCAUCCUUUUUACGCUGCUGCUACUCUGUUAAUUAUUUAUGCAUAGUCACUUUAACUCUACCCACAUGUACAUAUUACCUCAACUACCUCAACUAGCCGGUCCCCCGCACAUUGACUCUGCAACGGUACCCCCCUGUAUAUAUAGCCUCCCUACUGUCACUUUAUUUUACUUUUGCUCUUUUUUUUCUCAACACUUUUUUUGUUGUUGUUUUAUUUUUACUUUUUUUGUUUAAAAUAAAUGCACUGUUGGUUAAGGGCUGUAAGUAAGCAUUUGACUGUAAUGUCUGCACCUGUUGUAUUCGGCGCAUGUGACCAAUAACAUUUGAUUUGAUUUGAUUUGAAGACUUAUCUUCUCUUAUCUCUAGUUCCAGGAGGCGAAUGUUCGAUGUAGAGACGUAUCUGACAGAUCAACACACAGAAUCAGAGGUAAAGUUAUUCUCUCAGCAACACUUUUAGCUCAACAUCCUCUACAUACCGUUUUGACACAAUGGAAAAUGAUAUCUUUACCUAGAAAUUCUUUACCUAGAAAUGACGUGUUGUAACCUAAAGCACAUGGAAAAGGUCAUUGGUGAAAUUUAAUGUAGGCUACAUAACCACAUGCCUUUGUAUAGUCAUAGAUAGAACCAUUGCCUGUCUCUAUGGGGAGAGUGACCUCAGUAAACAUAGUGACCUGCGUUACCAUGAAAACCCAGAGGGCCCCCCCAUCGCUAUGGUUAUCGCCAUGGUUUCCUGUUGUUCACUGUGAAUAACAUUUGUGUGGUUACAUUUCUUGGCCAAUGCUCAGCCAUUUCUCUCUCUCUCUCACACACACACACACAAACACACACACACAACACACACACACACACACACACACACACACACACACAACACACACACACACACACACACACACACACACACACACACACACACACACACACUGGUAAAUGUGGUUUGACGUUUCUCAUACUUAGGUUCACAAUAGUGUAACAUACAGUAGCGGGUGUGCUGUUAACAGGGCAGAAGAAUCAGUCUGUCAAGCAGAGUUUUUAAUAACGUUUGCUGUAUGGUCGGAUUAGGUGUGAUGUGAACAUUGCAGUGAGAGUUGCUUUCGUUACACUUCUAUUACAGACCUCUUUUCAUUUGGUGUUUACAUUUACAUGAUAGAACGUGAUUAAAUUACAAUUGAUACAAGCAACAUUACAAAUAAUUUUGUUACCAAUUAUUUUCAAAACAACAUCUCUCUCUCUCUCUCUCUCUCUCUCUUUAUAUAUAUAUAUAUAUAUAUAUAUAUAUAUAUAUAUAUAUAUAUAUAUCUCUUAUCCAGGGUGUCAAAGAGGAGCCCCCCCAGCAACCCCCCCUUCCCUCACCUCCCCAGCCCCAGCCCCAGGGUUUUGACCCCUCCAAGCUCUAUGCUAAGAUCAAGCUGGACCUGCUGUAUGGACGGCUGUGGAAGGCCUACCAGGGGACGGCCACGGCCUGGGGCCCAACAACACAGCACGGGCCACAACAUGGUCCACAGCAAGUGGCAGAGCCAGGGCCACAAAAGGUAUGUCUUUCUUUCUAUAGGUUUUAUAUUUAUCUAUGUAUGAGGAAACCUCACUUUUCAAAGCAGUCAAUUCAAAAUAAAGGAAUUUAUUCAACUUCUAUAGUGCUUUUCAUUAAAAUAAUAAUCUUUAAAUGCUUGAAAAAGCUAAACGAACAAGAUUAAAAUAAAACAGCUAUAGAGUGGGUCCGGACUACGAUUUUCAGCCAGAGUUGAACGUUUUUGAGUGUUUCAAACCUCCUACAGAUGGAGUGAUAGUCAAGAAGGAACCACAUGUAGUAGAGGUCUGUCCAUGAUAGGGCGCUGCUCUGCCUUCUUGACGUCUCAGUCGACCAGACAGGUCCUACAGGCCCUAGUUUUGUCGCACCUGGACUACUGACCAGCUGUGUGAAGCAAAAAAAGGACAUAGGUCAAUUGCAGUUGGUCCAGAACAAAGCAGCACGUAGGUGCACUUAGAUGUACACGGAGGGCAAGUGUCAGUAACAUGCAUGUCAGUCUCUCCUGGCUCAAGGUUGAGGAGAGAUUGACUGCAUCACUAUUGGUCUUUGUGUGAGGUAUUGAUUUGUUGAAGGUACCGAGUACAACACAAGACAUGCAACCAGAGGUCUAUUCACAGUCCCCAGGUCCAGAACAGAGGCUGGGAAACGCACAGUAUUAAAUAGAGCCAUGACUGCAUGGAACUCUCUGCCACCCCAGGUAACUCAAGCUGGCAAUAAUACCAGUUUCAAAAACAGAUAAAAUAACUCCUUACUGCACAAAGGGGACUGUGAAGAGACACAGCCAUUUUUUAUAUAUUGUAUUGUAAUUUGCACUGUACUAUGUAUUAGACCUAGAUGUUGUGUGUACAGUGAGGGAAAAAAGUAUUUGAUCCCCUGCUGAUUUUGUACGUUUGCCCACUGACAAAGAAAUGAUCCGUCUAUAAUUUUAUUGGUAGGUUUAUUUGAACAGUGAGAGACAGAGUAACAACAAAAAAAUCCAGAAAAACGCAUGUCAAAAAUGUUAUAAAUUGAUUUGCAUUUUAAUGAGGGAAAUAAGUAUUGACCACCCUCUCAAUCAGAAAGAUUUCUGGCUCCCAGGUGUCUUUUAUACAGGUAACGAGCUGAGAUUAGGAGCACUCUUAAAGGGAGUGCUCCUAAUCUCAGCUCGUUACCUGUAUAAAAGACACCUGUCCACAGAAGCAAUCAAUCAAUCAGAUUCCAAACUCUCCACCAUGGCCAAGACCAAAGAGCUCUCCAAGGAUGUCAGGGACAAGAUUGUAGACCUACACAAGGCUGGAAUGGGCUACAAGACCAUCGCCAAGCAGCUUGGUGAGAAGGUGACAACAGUUGGUGUGAUUAUUCGCAAAUGGAAGAAACACAAAAGAACUGUCAAUCUCCCUCGGCCUGGGGCUCCAUGUAAGAUCUCACCUCGUGGAGUUGCAAUGAUCAUGAGAACGGUGAGGAAUCAGCCCAGAACUACACGGGAGGUUCUUGUCAAUGAUCUCAAUGCAGCUGGGACCAUAGUCACCAAGAAAACAAUUGGUAACACACUACGCCGUGAAGGACUGAAAUCCUGCAGCGCCCGCAAGGUCCCCCUGCUCAAGAAAGCACAUAUACAGGCCCGUCUGAAGUUUGCCAAAGAACAUCUGAAUGAUUCAGACGAGAAUUGGGUGAAAGUGUUGUGGUCAGAUGAGACCAAAAUCGAGUUCUUUGGCAUCAACUCAACUCGCCGUGUUUGGAGGAGGAGGAAUGCUGCCUAUGACCCCAAGAACACCAUCCCCACCAUCAAACAUGGAGGUGGAAACAUUAUGCUUUGGGGGUGUUUUUCUGCUAAGGGGACAGGACAACUUCACCGCAUCAAAGGGACGAUGGACGGGGCCAUAUACCGUCAAAUCUUGGGUGAGAACCGCAUUCCCUCAGCCAGGGCAUUGAAAAUGGGUCGUGGAUGGGUAUUCCAGCAUGACAAUGACCCAAAACACACGGCCAAGGCAACAAAGGAGUGGCUCAAGAAGAAGCACAUUAAGGUCCUGGAGUGGCCUAGCCAGUCUCCAGACCUUAAUCCCAUAGAAAAUCUGUGGAGGGAGCUGAAGGUUCGAGUUGCCAAACGUCAGGCUCAAAACCUUAAUGACUUGGCGAAGAUCUGCAAAGAGGAGUGGGACAAAAUCCCUCCUGAGAUGUGUGAUCUCUGUGAUUGCCAACAAGGGUUUUGCCACCAAGUACUAAGUCAUGUUUUGCAGAGGGGUCAAAUACUUAUUUCCCUCAUUAAAAUGCAAAUACAUUUAUAACAUUUUUGACAUGCGUUUUUCUGGAUUUUUUUGUUGUUAUUCUGUCUCUGACUGUUCAAAUAAACCUACCAUUAAAAUUAUAGACUGAUCACGUCUUUGUCAGUGGGCAAACGUACAAAAUCAGCAGGGGAUCAAAUACUUUUUUCCCUCACUGUAUGUACUGAUAUGUAGGCUAUGUGCAACGUUUUAAAUGUAUGUAUUUCAGUCCUUGAAUAAUAAUGUUCUGUACUAUGUAUUAUGUCAUGUUUCAUGUGGACCCCAGGAAGAGUAGCUGAUGCUUUUGCAAUGGCUAGUGGGUAUCCUAAUAAAUACCAAAUACAACGUGAAAAUAAAGCAAAAAAUAAUGUUUGUUGAUGCAAAUGACACAGAAAUGACACACAUGCAGUAUUUGAUAAAGUCAACAUCAUCAUAACCAGCUCUACUUCCUUCUGGGGGAACAUUGGGCAUCACAGAGGGAGGAACCGGAAGAAUCCAUUCUACAACUAGAACCUAAAUCUCAACCAGAACUAAGACCAGAACAUCAACCAACUCUGGAAGGAAGAGAGGAACCAGUGACUGAGCCUGAAACUGAGUCUGAGCUAAAUACCUCCACCAACCUGGAUCCUGGGACACAGAUGGAGGAA